AGCUGAGUAGAGGCGGUGGAGAAGGUCGGUGGAGAAGAGAGCUUCGAAGUCGGUUCAUCGAUCUCUUGAGAAGAGCAGAAAAUGGUUGACUCAAAAAGAAGGAGACCAACUGCGAAGGACGAAACCAGAUUUGUGACCAUUUCCUUGGUAUGCCUACGACAUCGUUUUAGGCUGAGUAAAGCAUCGUCGUUUCAGUCAACAUGUUCGGCCUUUUGGAUGGCUCCUUGAAAAAGCCCACUGUUCCGCCGUCAACUGAUCAGGAGCUCGCUUCCUGGCUCAAGAACGAUGCUAAGGUGAAGUCCUGGAUUUUGAAAUCUGUGGAUCGGUCUAUAGUCCUCGGCUUACGACCCCUGUCUACAGCUACCAAGAUGUGGAAAUCUCUUUCCGAUACGUACGGCACCAUUAGCACCGCCCGCCAAUUUGAGCUGGAGGUGGAAUUGGCGAAUCUCCAGCAAGGAGAUCUUGAUAUCACGUCCUACUUUAAUGAAGUCCGCCUUCUUUGGACGGAACAAGACCUACUCACUGCUGCUCUUGUUUCCGGCCCUGCAUCUCCUGAAGUCCAGCGUGAGAGGCAAAAGAUAAGGCUGCUCCAAUUUCUAGCUCGCCUCCGUCCCAAUUAUGAAGCUGAGCGAUCUACUCUGCUCAACCGUGAAGAUCUCAAGCUGGAGGGUGUUCUUGCCACUCUCGUUCGUGAAGAAACGAGGCAGCGGACUCAAGCUGCUCUCGACACUAGGCCUGGUCCUGGUGAAACGUUCGUGUUCUCUGCCGCUAAAGGUCCUCCUCGUGGUCAUUCGUCUCCAGCUGCUAGGGGAAAUGGCUCGAACUCUUCCUCCGCCGACGUUUUUGUCGCGUAUCGCCCACCGAAUCAGCGUCGUGACGUGGAGUGUCACCACUGCCACGAAAAGGGUCAUACGUAGAAAUAUUGUCGCAUCUGAAACUUCUAUGUCUGGUGCAAAAAAUCGGGACAUAUUAU